AUGCUUCUCUGGUUCACGGCGACUCAAGCUUGUGACGACUUCUGCAUCUUUGGAGAAGCCUCGGUUUUUGAAUCUCUUGUGGAGAAUGAAGUGUUUCUUUUUCACUGGUGGGGACAAGAAAGACGAACAGAAGACCCCGACAAUCAGCUUCCAGAUUAUGAUAGGAGGCAAUGGGAACAAGGAUUCCAUAAAGACAUCCAUCGGCUUUCUUUUCUAAGUGCAUUUCGUAGAGUUAGUGGUGGUGUUGUUGUUAGGUGA